AUGGUGGUACUGGACAAGCAGCUACGAGAUCUACUGCGUGCUAACCCACUUAAAGCCCAGGAUGCCGAAGCUCUGCGGCUCCGGCUGAUGGAUGCUGCUACACAUUUGGCAGAUGCGCAUCCCGCAUUUGCAGCCAGCAAGGAAGUUGAGCAGGCACUAUGGAAACCGUGUGUUUACCGCCGCAUUGAGGAUUUUCGACGGCGCAUUCGUAAAUAUGCAGUAGCAGCUCAAACAGACCGCAAUGUGCGUGAGCAUUUCGCGCGCGUAUCCAGCGAAUUUCAGCAGUUUCUUAAUGAAUCUGCGGCUUUUUAUGCGCAUUUAAGAGAUCGUUAUGAAUCGUGGCUACAGCUCAAGCGCUUGAGCGUCCUUCAAGACGACAGCGACGCCAUUACCUGCUGUCGCAAGAGUUUGCAUCGCUGUUACGUUUUCUUAGGUGAUUUGGCGCGUUACCGAGAGUUGCAUAGUCAAAAGGCCAAAAAGAAUUUUGCAGCAGCAGAAGCUCUGUAUAAUCGUGCGUUGACAGUGUUACCAGAGAAUGGGAAUCCGCACAAUCAGUUAGCAGUGCUGGCUACAUAUGUGGAAGCGGAAACUGUGGCAGUAUAUCGGUACUGCCGUAGCUUACUGACAUCACAGCCAUUUACAACGGCUGAGGAAAAUCUUGCUUUACUAUUUGAGCGAAGUCGUCAACGUCCUUUGGCCGCUCCGACUAUAUUGACAUCGUCACAGAUUUCGUCGAAGGAGAAGUCGGCCUUGUUAAAGAGCUUCUUGCAUCGUUUGACGCGUAUGCAUGGUAUUUUGUUUGCGUUAUCGUCAUCACAUGAUUCCUUAUCAACGUCGAAAGGUCGAUGCAGUGAUGAAGUAAUGCCAAUAUAUCCACGUGAUAUGGAGACCGUACUUUUCAAAGAUAUGCAGAUGCUGCUACAAGCAGGAAUUAUUGGCGACGCAUUACUGCUUAAAAUCGUCGUGACGAACAUCUUUUGUAUCAUACGAGCCUCGAAAUCGCGCCCGCUACUUGAAGAUGCACUCCGUUUAUCGAUCCGUAUGGUCACCAGUGUAAUGGAAUUUCUUGUGAAUAUUUUUGACAUGAAAUCGAAGGACUCAGCAAUCUCGGAAUUUCGACUUGCAGGUCCCGUAGCUGUCUUUUGUGACUAUCUAAAAUUGCAUUCUGAUUUGCAGGAACUGACCGAAAAGCUUUCAGCAUCUCGUCAAAGGAAACUUUAUAGCGAUGUGAUCACCAGCGAACAAGGAACCAGUGGAGACCAUUUCGUUUUAGCUUUUCUUAACAUGCUUGCGAAACUUGUCAAUCACGUUCGAAUCCGCGAGCUUCAUGCAUCGUUGACCCUUGGCAAUGGGCAGCAAAGUGGUGAUGGGGUCAUAGACCGCCAAUAUCUCUUGAAGGAAAGCAUUGAACUUCGAGGAUUCGCACCUCUUGAGCAAACCGUGUCAAAGCUUACGAGACAGGACGAUUGGGAGCCACAGUCCUCUGUUAAAGGAGCGAAAAAUGCGUCAUCAGCGGCACCCCUAUCGGAUAUGGAGGCUGCCAAAAUCCGUGCGUUGAAACUGUAUCGCUUUGCACGCUACUUGUGUGAAUACAAUGGAGGGAACUCGCUGAUGUUUUGCGAUGAGUCAGGGAACUUCACGACAUUUGCCGACAAAUCAAACACUCAGCAGAACAACAGUGUCCAAGAGGCAGUCCCUCCUGUGAAAUAUGGUUCUUUUCCGAUUGGGAACUCUAAGCAGCCACAACGUACUGAAGAGUUGUUCAACAAAGACUUUCGUGCUGGGACUGGUGUGGAUGAGGAUGACGAUUUUGAGGAUGAAGUUAUCGUAUAUCAGCCAUCGCUAGCUCGAAGAGAAAUGAUGGAGAGCCAAACCAAGCAAUAUGGAGAAUCAAUGAGCUCCGCCUUGGAAUCGUUUUCUGGCGGAAGUGCAUUCAGCCUUCGAGAACCAAGUUCAAUAUCUCCAGCUGAUGAACAAGAUCGUGCAAAAUUCAAUCACAUCAGUGCAUUUGGUGCUGGUAGUAGCUUUUUUGGUGCAUCUCCGGGUUGUGCAGGCUUGAAUACGUACAAUGAUGGAGACAGUUUUUUAAGCCAGUCCAUGUUGUCAGGUUGGAAAAGUAGUGGUGAGAGCGUCGGCUUCAGCAACUUGAAUGGGUUUACUUCGCUUGACACAGGGUUAAGCAUGUCAACGAGUGGACAAGACACAAAUUUUUUGAUGCCUUUUAGUGCCUUUGGUGGAGAUCUAAAUGGUAAAAAGAGUCUUUUUCCAAGCAGCUACCGAAGCGACGAGAAAUUCUCAUUCACGUCAAUGGCUGAUUUAGCAGCUGUAGAACGCGAAUCAGCGCUUUACCAGCAAAGAGCGUCGAGUUUAAGCGCAUUUUUAGGUACCUCGACGCCUUUAACUCAGACCGAAACGCAAGAUUCUGCUACUUCACAGGCGCCCACGCGUCCGCCGCCAGGUUUUGGGGAUUCUUUGAUUGGUACUAAGCAACAACAGCAGCACAUGCCGAAAUCGUUCAUCAACCCGUAA